AUGUCCUCUCUUCUCCAUCCUCGCAAAGAUGACGACCCAUCCGACAAGCUAGUCGAGCUUGACCCAACAGUGUUUGCUCAUCCCAUUCGUCGCGACAUCCUGCACCUCUGCGUAGUUCACUUCCUGGAUUCGUUACGACAAGGCACUGCGAGCACGAAGACGCGAAGCGAAGUGCGUGGUUCUGGUCGCAAGAUUCGUCCUCAAAAGGGUAGUGGUAUGGCACGUCUGGGUGAUGGUCAAAGUCCCAUGCUGCGAGGUGGCGGUGUCGCUUUCGGACCCAAACCGCGAGACUUCAGCACCAAACUUCCUCGAAAGGUUAUCCAGAUGGGUAUGCGGGUAGCGUUGAGUGCUAGAGUGAAGGAACGGAACCUUCGUGUUGUGCAGAGUCUGCAGUGGCCUGGGACGAAGACAAAGGGUAUGGCACAGAGGCUGAAGGAGCUUGGUUGGGAGAAGACCUUGUUCGUUACAGGGCAAGAGACUGUCCCUCAUGGGUUGGCCUGCUCUAGUAACAAUCUCCUCAAGGCGGAGACGGUCACUGUGAAGGAGUUGAACGUGUAUGACAUCGUGAAGUGGCCGCAGGUCGUCAUGGAUGUCGACGCUGUAGAGUGGCUUGAGCAAAAGUUGAGUAAGGCGUUGGGUGCAGAUUCGUCUUCGCUGAUACCAUAGAUCAUUCGACGUUCUUUCCAUUAUACUAUCUUUUCACAUAUGAUAUGAGGGUCGCCUGACGACUUUGGCCUGUAUUGUCAUUCAAUCCUUGGGUCUUCUACCGAAUUAACAUUCAAGAUUGAGAAAGCUAAACCUUUGAGUUCCAACCGUGUAUUUCCAACCAUCAUACAGAUAGUAUGGCUUGACCAACCCAUCUCGCAGUAAUUCGGGCCCUCGGAUUUGUCUAGACACAUUCCACUAAAUAUCAAUUAUUUAACAGCCUU